AUGCCCUCCCCGCCUCCUUCAGCGAUCGCAGAACGCACAGGGGUCCUCAAACAUCAUUACAGCUGCAGCCAGUGCACAGACGGUGGAGCAGAUAGCGUGGGAGCUGGAGUUUCGAACCCCGCCUAUUCUUACUGGAAUUAACAAACUGCAGCAGUGAAUGUUAGGCUGAGUUGAGAGAGCCGGGCAGAGCACCGCUGUCGAUAAACGAGUGGCAGGAACCAUAAACUGCCAAUUACGACUCUCUUGUUACAGCAGUAUCAGCGACAGAGCCAGGCAUGGGAGGCAGGGCCGGAGCUGCAUCCCCUCAAACAUAGGCAGUUUCUUCCCUUAGCAUCUGCUGCUUUACUCCUUCUAGCCCAUCAUGGCCAAGCAGUAUGAUGUACUGUAUCGAUUACUCUUGAUCGGCGAUUCCGGCGUGGGAAAAACCUGCCUUCUUUGUCGCUUCACUGACAACGAGUUCCACUCUUCGCACAUCUCUACCAUAGGUGUGGACUUUAAAAUGAAGACAAUUGAAGUAGAUGGCAUCAAAGUAAGAAUACAGAUUUGGGACACUGCGGGACAGGAGAGAUAUCAGACAAUUACAAAACAGUACUACAGACGAGCCCAGGGAAUAUUUCUAGUUUAUGACAUCACAAGUGAGCGGUCUUUUCAACACAUCAUGAAAUGGGCCAGUGAUGUUGAUGAGUAUGCACCUGAUGGAGUUCAGAAGAUCCUAGUUGGGAACAAAGCUGACGAAGAACAGAAGAGGCAAGUGGGAAAAGAUCAAGGCCUGAAGCUUGCUAAAGAAUACGGGAUGGACUUCUAUGAGACAAGUGCCUGCACCAAUUACAACAUUAAAGAGUCUUUCACUCGCCUGACAGAGCUGGUAUUACAAGCCCACAAGAAAGAGCUUGAUGGACUUCGGGUCUGCAACAACGAUGUACUGAGUAUAGCUGACUUAGAAGAGGAUCUUGGGAAACCCAGUGGAAUGAAUAAUUCCCAGAAACCCUGCUGGUGCUAAAGGUCACUGUAUAAUACAAUCUACAUUUCUUCUGCCGCCUUCUGAGAGACUUGAACUGAUGGACAGUUCUGCAGCACUGUCUUUUCAGCAUGUGUAUGUUGUGGACAGCUCCUCAGUACUGUAACCUCUACAGAAUUCUUUAUAUGGCAUUUGUCCAAAUUAUUCUUGGAUGUGGACUGUUGGAUUAAUCAGCUCUGGUGUGCAGUACAGCCUCUGGAUUUUGUGAUUUGUCAACCAUCCUCACCAGUAUGUUUUAGGCACUAGUCUGCUUUUAAUGUGCAUUUUGAGAAUUGUUGAUGCUGUUGUUUUGGUAAUGUAACAAGAAUUAUGUCUUCUUUUGGCUCAGACAUUCAAGCAGUUUGUGUUCUGUUGAGUAUUUUUUUUCAUUAUUUUAUAGAUAAAAUAUGGCUUUAAAACAGAAAAACAACUUGUGCUGACACUUGAAUUUAUGAGUAGAUGCUUGGAUGGUCGUUUUUGGUAUGAGUUGUCUUAUAUAUGAUAAAUGAGGAUUUGUGAGGUGAACAGAAGUAUGGUUUACCAUGAUGCAGCAAAACUCUCAAUGCUACAUGUUUUAAGUGACAUGUUAAUACUGGACAAUGUAAUGCCACAGAGGAAAGGCAAGUGAAUGCGCUCAGGGCUUCUUUGUACAGGUGUUGUCACAUAUGGGAGAUAUUUGAAACAGUCUGCUCAAAUACCAGGCUUUGUUGCACUCCUGAGACCUGAAAGCCCAUCAGAUCAGCAAAGCACUGAAGGUAAGGUUAGAAUUUGAUGCCCCAAUCCCAGGUUUGGAAACAUGAAAUUCAUACCAGUCUGUUUUUUACUCUUUUUAGAACAGGGCAGUUGCUUCUUUUUGUAACUUGAAAAGGAGAUCAGAAUAAACGAAGCAGCAUAUUCAGAAAGCAGACCAAAAUUACUGAUGGCGAAUGCCAGUUUUUAUAUGAGGACAUAAAUAACACUGUGAUUUCAGUUAAUGCUUUUUCAACACAUUCACAUGUUUAAAAGGUUAUCUAGAAGGAAAUAAGAACUUUCUGAUUGUUGUUAUUAGUGAGUUACAUGGAUAGUCAUUAUACUGUAUGACUUGUAAUAACUACAAGAAUAUGUGCCGUUAAGAUGGAAAGAUACAUCUGUUAUAUGAGCAGGUAAAACUUCCUAAGAAUAUACCACAUGGUGUUCCCAGAACCAUAUGACACUGCACAGUUCUGUCUCAUGUAUUUAAUUUAGCAAAAGAUUUAUAUAAUGCAGACAUAUUCGGACCAGAAACAGUAGUAAAACUGCAUCUAUCAAGUGCAGCUCGAAAAAUGUUUGACAUAUCCUUGUGAAACAUGAUUCCAAAAUAUUGCAGGGAGACUGACACCUUAGCUUUACAUGUUACACUACAGUUCAUGUUCACUAUAGAUAUUUAGGGCACGGAUUUGGGUGGCAAGUUGGAUUACUGCUGUGACUUGUCACAGUUGCAUUAUUCAGAACUGCAGAGAUUAAUAUUUAUUUGUUUUCCAUGGCAUGGGAAAAGUGUGAAAAAGCAAGACGAGUUAAACACAUAGUAAUGUACUUGGGAUGACAGUCACUAAAGUGUACCAUGAGUCCACCUGCUUGCAAAAUUGCUCUGACAACUAAGAGGUGCUGGUCCUGUGGUGUUUCUGGGGUCUACAUUACAUUGUAAAUGACGUUCAUCAAAACCUUCUCAUGUGGGGGGUACCCCGCUAAUUUUAUAUAUCAACUCCGAGAUCACACUACAGUGGGGAAAGGGCAAAUUUCCCUAUCCCUGCCAUAACCAAGAUUUACAUUUCUUUGUCUGGGAACCACUUUUGCAGUGUCAAUAAACUUAUUUAAACAUGCUCUUUUCCUCCAUUGUACACCACACACUAUAUCUAGCUGGUCUCAGAAAGACCAUAUAUCAAACCCAUGACAUUUACAGCUCUCACUAAAAAAAUGUCAUCUGAGUUUUCAGCCCUUUCAUUGCUCGGCAGAAACCUAACAGUCCAUUUUUAUUUCCAAACUUUCAAAAACGUUUUUGCCAAAAUCUUUUUCCGGGCCAUUGUCAUCAGCUUUGUAUGUAUGGACACUUAUAGCCAGGCUUGAAUACUACAGCAGAUAAUCAUGCUGAUUUAUAAUAAAUGCUAUUUUAUGGCUCGGGUUACAGGAUGGAUGGCUCUUAUAUCAUGGAGCACCAGUAGAAGACCGGGGGCUGAUUUUAGUGGAGGUGUGUUACUUGUAGAUGUUGUAAGAGGAAUCUGCAGAGACUCCCAAACAGUUCUGAGAAAACCUCAGGAUCCAUUUUUCUUUGUUGUGAAAGCCAGUUCACUGAAGUACUUUUGACUAUUAAAAAAGUAGUCCUUUUCUAUGAAGGCACCCCCCCCCCCCCCACAUACACACACUAAUAUAAAUCGUCCUCAUUCCACCCCUAAUCAAGUCUGGGGUGAUUACAUCUUUGCGAUAAAGUGAUUUCCAUCUUUGCAAUAACCUCAUUUGAUGGCUGUGCCUUUUGUUCAACUGUGCAGAAAGUGUUUACAUAGCUGAAGCUUUCAGAACUCUCUGACUCCCAAAGCCACUUUACCAAAUGUUGUGCAAAACAAAAUGAAAUAUUUGACAUCUUUUGACAAACCUUCACCCCUGUUUAUAUUAUAAUCAAGUCCAAGGUUACUGUACAAAAAGCCUGUAAAGGAUGAUGGCAAUUCCAGGAGUUCAGGUCAAUCAAGGAGAAUAAAAGUAGGGACAGACGCAGAGAGAAUUAAAUUUCAAAUAUGAAAGUGGAGGAUUAAAUCCAGAAAGGGUAUCAAAACUAUACAUUGGUCUCAAAACUGAAUAUUAUCUAGCUUCUAAAAAUAAAAUAAGUGUAUCAGUGACAAUUAUCGCUCUUCUCCCAACCCUAUUAUAUAGUAAUUCUGGGUUCUACUUAAAAACAUCUAAUUCCCAUAACAUCAAAUCUCAAAACACUGAAACCAUAACAUCGAAAACCCAAAACACUGAAAACUCACAACAUCAAAAACUCAGAACACUGAAACUUUGCAUCAGAACAAUGAAAACUACAAACCACAUGUAAAUAACAUUGCCUCCACCUAUAACAAUACCAAACUAACAAACACACUUUGUUACUACAUUUCUGCAGGGGGCAAGCCCCCCCAUGUGGUGUUCUCUGCGCCUGACACCCCUGUAAAUUAAAUACAUCAAUUUUGAGAUUGCACUACAUUGUAAAAAAGUUAAUUUCCUAACCCCACUGUAUCGCGAUCACCAUACAGAAUGUACACAUAUAACAACUACAGUAUCUUAUAGUGAUACCACAAGAUUAACAGAUUAAACUAUAACAUUUACAUGUUUGA